GAUUGUGACGCUGCCUGAUCCCAACUUAAAGGAUUAAUAUGAAACUUAUGUGAUCGUUGGAGCUGGACAGGUGGAGCCGGCAACGCAGGUGAGCGCGCUCAGAGCUGUUCAGGUAUCAGCCGCUGUGUACGUGGCCUCUGAUUGGCCGGAUCUGAUGUCGGUGAUUCGGGAACCUUCUGCCAUGGUGACCUCUGGCCGGUGACCCCGUUACCAGGAAUGGCUUUCAUAGGCAAGUUCCUUUUCGGGGGCCCAACGAAGAGCGCGUCGUCAUGCGGCACCUCGGGGAACUUUGCCCAGGACCUCCACUCCCCGGCACAACCCAGAAUCAACGUACCGCGAAGGUGGAGCUACGACGACCAACCCCGCCACAGAGCGCUGCGCCCCGAGACGACGCGGAGGAGCUCGCUGCACGCCCAGCAGAAAACAGAGAGGGCGCUGAUGAGGGAACACUUCCGGGAGAAAUACAACCUGCCUAAGAACUCCAGCGACCAGAAGCAGCUGAAGGCGGCGGGAGGCGGGAACGUUCGCCUGCCCCGGGAACUGCGGGCGACCGCGCGGCGCCAGGAGCCGUAUCACCAGGAGUCGUCCUUCGUACAGCUGCUGAGCUACAGGGACCUGAACACGGGGGCCAGCGCCGCCACCAAGUCCCCGCCCCCGAAGAGCCGCUGCCUGCUCAUGUGACCUCACAGGGGGUGGGGCUUCAUGUAUGUUAAUAAAGUCUACGCCUUUAAUGCGCUGCUUGUGAGACGGACGCUGCCGGGGGAGGGGGACUUC